AUGUGGUUGAGGUUGUUGGGACUCCUGGUCCUGUCCUCCCUCUGCUCUGCCAUGCUGCUACCCAACAUGUCCACAGAGCCCAGCGAAGAGGACGGCUCCACCUCGGACCCCAUGAACGACUCGGACUGGAAGGACAUGCCCAAAUGGUCACCGGACUCCCGCAGCGGCCUCAUGCCCGAGAUACCGCCGUGGGCAGACAGCGACAACAUGACCAACGAUUUCAACAAACUCCGGAUGACGCCGGACUCCGGCCCAAUAAUGCCCCCCAUAUCUGAAACGGCCAUCUGCGACCACCUGCUGAACUUAGCAGUGCCGCCAACUCUGGAGCAGAUUCCUCCUUUCUGCAUCUGCUCCCUGUGUAAAGGCACCACGGGGCCCAAAGGAGAUCGUGGAGACCGGGGCUUUUCAGGUGACCCUGGGAGUCCGGGCAGAAGAGGAAUGACGGGGUUCAGAGGUCGAGCCGGAUUCACAGGUCGUCAGGGGAUGAAAGGUCAGAAGGGCGACCUGGGGAAGGAGGGGCAGGAGGGUCCUGCCGGAUUCACCGGGUCAAAGGGCGCACGAGGCUUUAAAGGGGACAAAGGAGACGCAGGUUUGAUAGGGCCCUCAGGUACACUGGGUCCCCAGGGAGAAACCGGCACAUGUCCUGCCUCCUGUGAUAGUGGCCAGGGUCCACAGGGUCCACAAGGCCCCCCGGGACCAGCUGGAGCCCGGGGCCUGCCUGGGGUUGAGGGAGUUGCGGGACGUAAAGGUUUCAAGGGCGAUAACGGUGUCCUGGGUAAACCUGGCGACCCCGGUCUGAAUGGCCUGAAGGGUGAUCAAGGUGAUCAAGGAGUGUGUGAGUGCACUGAUGGAAUGAACGGCACUGAUGGGAGACCAGGAGAAAAGGGUUAUAAAGGGGACAAAGGGGACACUGGUGUCCCAGGUGCACUGGGCCCCAUGGGAUCAAAAGGCGACCAAGGUAUCAAUGGCUUCAAUGGUCAACCGGGUCCUUGUUCCUUAGCCAUCCAAUCAGCAUUCUCUGCAUGUGUCAACCAAUCUUUUCCCAUUCCAAACUGGCCCAUUCCUUUCCCGCGUGUCCUCCUCAACUGGUUUGGAAACUUCGACCCACUCUCUGGCAUCUACACAGCCCCCGUCAAUGGCACCUACGUCUUCUCCUUCCACCUGGCCGUCUCCUUCAGGAUACUUAAGGUCGGCCUGUUCCUCAACUUCUCCCCUGUAGUCAAAACAACAGAGGCAACAGACCUAGCCACCGCCAGCCAGAGUGUCGUCCUCCACCUCACGCAAGGAGACCAGUUGUGGCUGCAGGUGAAGAGCGAUGUUACCAACGGCGUCUACACCGACAGUGAGAGCAGCAGCACGUUCUCGGGGUAUCUGCUGCACCCUGACUCCUGCGAAAUUCCCUUCCUUCGAGGUUUCUUGCCAGAUGAAAAGAAGGAGAACGGACAAUUCAGCUGGGAUGGUCCUGCACAAACCACCACCACUCCUUCACCUUAGUAAGCUCCAGUCAGUCGCACAUUCGUAGAUGAAGUCUCCUCAACUUGCCAAUCAAACGUUCUGUGUAUUUCUAACUGCAAGUUUUAAAACAGGUUUAAAAAAGUCUGAUAGAGAUGGAGUUUUAUAUCAGAGAAGUUUCAAGCUACUCAACUCGCUGUUGUUACCCGGUUAGAAAGUGACUGAGUCGAUCACAACUGCCCCAAAUGUGACGUCACACAGGAAGCCAGUGAUGACUUGCUUGUGUUUAAACACAAGCAAGUCCAGUUGAAGGUCUUCUGGAGAUACCUUGACCUGGAUGACUGAGAAUCUUGACAGAGAUAUUCAAGAUUAAAUCUGAGCCAUUUAUGGACUAAAUCUGUGUUGUUGUAGAGAAGGUUGUUGGAAGGUGUUGAACUGUUACUCUGCAAAACAUUGACAACUCAAAUAUUACUGUGCUGAUUAAAUCUUACACUGAUUUUUCCUCUCUCUCCACCACAGGAUCAAAAUCAGUAGUUUUGGGAGAAAUUUAGUUCAAAUGUUUCUGGUGACUUUUCAUCAGGUGAAGAUUUGAAUGACUCUGGGUUGAGUGUAAAUGAUCAAACAAGCUAAACUAUGACUGCAAACAUUACACCUGCAUUGAAACAUGUUACUCUCAAUGUGUGUUAUUUACAAUUAAAAACGAUUCCGUGAUUUUGAAAAUAAAGUUGUAAUAUUAGUCUGUGACAUAUCAGAAGACCAGUCCGUCUCCUGAAUCUGCUGCAUCUUCUUCUACUUGAUGUUUGUCUCAUCAUCAUGUCAAUAAACUUAGUAGAAAUAAGUUCUCUCAUUAUUUUA